AUGGCGGAUCGGACAGUACUGGCGGACGAGCGAGCUUUGCGCCUCGAGCUCCAGGAGUUGACAAAUAAGCGAGAGGCACUCAACAGCUCCAAGCGUCGAGGUAGUGCAACUCCGAAUGGACGUGUAGUUGGUCGUCGGAGUGUCUUUGAUCGACUUGGCGGUGAGCCAAAAGCGCGCUCAGGAGGCACAGAUCGACACAUUCAUCCUAAGGAAAGCAACAGUUGGGGUAAUCCUUCAAGAAGGCGGGGAAAGCGCGAUAAUGAAGAGAAUCGCCAAACUAGUGUCUUAAAAAAACAGAAAUUGCAUUCAGCUGUGACUAGACCUGAUGGUUCUCAUGAUAUAAAGGAGAUGGAUUCGAAUGGCACUUCAUCCUCAAUUGUCUCCCCCUCUGCUUCCAGUGCUCAUGCGCAGGAGCGAAAGCUACGCGCAGUUGCGCCGUAUGCACAAAAAGACGGCAUUGCGCGAAGUAAACGUAUGUUUGGAGCACUAAUGGGACAUUUGGGCAAGGCAAAGCGGCAAAUUGAGAAGGAUACCAGUUUGUUUAAGCGCCAGGAUACAAAACAGCAAGAGGCUGAACAAAAGGAGAAGAUGCAGAGUCAAUACUUGGAGAAUCAGGCACGUUUUGAAGCUGAAGUGGAUCGUCUAGAGGCGUCAAUUGCACGGACUGAGCUUGAUCGUAGCGAGGAAAUUGCACGAGCUAAGUUGGAGCAUUUGCAGACGAUCCGGAAGGGUGAAAGUCAAUCUAAAUUUCUGCUUACGAUCACUUCCCCGCCUAUUUACUAUCUUCCUGCAAAACACAGUGAAGAGACCAAGGAGCUCGUGGCAGCGUCGAUGGAAGCUCACGAAGCCAAGACGAAAGCUAGUGGUCAGACUCAUGAAGAAACAGUGCGCAAAACAGAAGCUGAGUAUGCUUCGAAGCUCGAGACUCUACGGGAUCAAUUAGAAAUUAUCAAGAAGAAGAAAACCGCAAACGAGCAAGCGGCUAAUACGAAAAAGGAAGAUAAGUUAAAUGAUGACAAUGAAGACAUGAGUGAUGGGAGCAAACCAGUAGCUGAGAAAGACGAGAGUGUAGGACAGCAACAUGGUGAUAAUAUGUCGGAAGGAUCGAAUCACGAAUUGCAGAUUGAGGCUGAAGACUUAAAGUUGGUCCGGCAGAGUUCUGUGUCAGACAAGGCACCCGAUGGCAAUUGUUCUAGAACGAGGAGAGAGGACAACGGGAAAGAUGACAACGAAAAGAGUAGUGAUCGGAAAGAAGAAAUUCAGACCAUGAACGAUCACAGCAGGGCUCAAAGUGACUCAUCAAAUUCAAAUUCUCAUCGUGGAAAACAGGUUGAAAAAGCUGUAGAUCAGAAAGAAGGGAUGAAUGAAAGCUCUCAGAAGUGUGAUGAGGUUGCUAAUAAGGUGCAGAGCGAACGCAUAGAGCAUCCAGAUGCUGAUGUUGUUUUAAACAACACUACAGAGAUUGAAUCGCCUGGCGUAUCCUCAGAUAAAUCCACCGCAUAUGUUGCAAAGAUGAAGGUAGCAGAGCUACGGUCAGAGCUACGAAAGCGCGGCCUCGAUCCUAAAGGACUCAAGGUUACACUCGUGGAACGGCUUCAACAGGCAAUUAGUGAAGACAAGUAA